CUCGAGGUGAAUCCCGUCCUCUUCCGGCAAGACACGCGAGUCCUCAAAAAAGUUGCCAACUCCUUCUUUUGAAAUAAAGAUGGCCGCCGCACCUCCCAUGAUGCAAGAGACGGUCUGGUUUGACCAGUCGAAAUUUGAGAAGGCUGAGGCUCAGUACCAGGAACAUCUUGCCCAGUCAAAGUAUGGUGCUACAAAUUCACCAGCAGCAGCACAGCAGGGGGCGUCCAGCACAUUGGUGAACGAAAUCGCGCUGGCCCGUCAGCACAUACAGUCAUCGCUAAAUACCCCUGUAGCUAACAUGAAGAAAUUGAGCGUCAGUGGUGCCGCCAGUGUUGACCACUCCAACCGCAUCGAGAAACUUGAGAAGGAAAACAAGGACCUAAGGAAAAUGGUUGAUGGCCUUUGCAACAGAAUCAAGAAGUUGGAAAUCCAAAUGGGCAGUGCCAACACAUCAUCUAAACCAGCCGAGCAGGGUUCACCCGACAGUGACGAAGGUUUUGAAAUUAUCGAUAAGGACGAGGCCAAACCAGCGGCAAAGCCAGCCCCUGCCCCCGCUGAUGAUGACAGCGAUGAUGACGAUUUAUUCGGCAGCGACAGUGACGAUGAAGAGGAGAUGGCAAAAAUGGCAGAAGAAGCGAAAAAAAACAAAGAAGAGGCGAUAGCCAAAAAAAAGAAAGCCGCCCCGAUAGGAAAAAGUACGAUUAUAUUCGCCAUAAAAGGUUGGGACGACGAAACUGACUUCGAAAAAAUCGAGAAACACGUGCGUGGAAUUGAACAUAAGGGUUUACGCUGGGGAGCAGAAGGUAAAUUGGAACCAGUUGCUUACGGAGUCCAGAAGCUUCUCAUGAAUGCUAUCGUGGUGGAUGAAGAGUGCGGUGUCGAUUUCCUUGAGGAGGCGAUUAUGGAGAUAGGAGAGGAUUAUAUACAGUCCGUCGACAUCGUAGCCUUCAAUAAGAUCUAAAUACUGUUGAACCUCCAUUUUGCAGACACUUCUAUCAAGGACAUCCUCUCUAUAAAGGACACUAGUUUUUGACCCAGAUUGGUUGUUUCAUUCAAUUUGACCUCUCUAAUCAGGACACCUCUCUAAAGGACAGCACUUGGCAGUCCUGAGGGUGUCCUUAUUAGAGAUGUUCUAAUUCAACUCGGACUGACCUCUCAAAGAAUCCAAAAAUACGUAUUGACAAUUCAAAUUGGGAGUAAUGGAGUUAUUGCCAAGCUGGCACUGAUGCUAUUUACAGAAUUCCUGUGUAGGGGCAUCACUUCUAUAUAUCUGAAAAGUUCACACACUGUAGGAAGUUGCAUUUUUUCUGAGACAUGCUGUAGUAGUUGCCUUCUGUGAAGUGACACAAUGCCAGCCUGGUUAUAAUCUCCUGUGACUCCACCUCAAAUUUUCUUGAUUACCUUUUAGACCACACAGGAAUAUUUCUUCCCGUCCAAAGGACACGUUUGUUUAUGACAUUUUAGCUAAAUAAGAUAACGUAAAUAUCACUAUAUUAAACCCCCAACUCUCUAACCCUGCAGUGUUCAGGUGAUGACUCAUCAUGGUAGCUUCCAGUGCAUAGUCCCAUAAUGCACCAUGAGAACCUAUCACUGUUGUGCCCUAGAGCGAAUGAUAAAGAGGACCUGGGGGUUUAAGGGCAUGAUAUGGAUUUUCAGUCUGUGGAUUUUCCAUACCAAGUCGCCAAGAUACCUGGAAUGCUCAUCAAGCAAAAAUAACUGAUAUUAUGAAAAAAAGUAUACGACAAACUUCCCCUCAUUCUAUUAGAAACACCACUUGAUCAUGCCCCUUAUCUGUCAUUUGGGAGAUGUUUUAAGCGAUGGCAAAGUUAGCAGGUCUUGUGAUAUUUCUUAUGUCAUUAAAAAACUUCAAUAUGUGCUCAUCAAACCUCUACGCUAUGUACUGCUCUGCCCAACUUUGUGCUGAAAUAUGAAUAAUAGAAGAACUUAAUUCUUUAUUUAUAGAA